AUGGGAGAGAGCGGAAGAACUGGGAUGAAUGGUGGUAGAGACGAGAAUCAGCAUGUUUUUGGAAGAGCACCCCGAGACCUUGAGGGGCAUGCAUGUCUUGGCGUUCGUAUAUUUGAACCAGGUACGACUCAAGGAUGCCGAAGAGCUAGGACUUCUGGUUCUACAGAAAAGGAGGAAGGUGGUUGGGAAGAAGAAUGCUCAUACUCUGGAGACCAUGGGCAACCUAGCAACAACGCAUACGCACCAAGGAUGAUGGAGAAAAGCAGGCAAGCUAUUUGCACUAGCGAGGAAGACGUCGCAGGAGGUGUUUAG